AUGGAUUCAUACUACAAGCCACUUACUCCCGAAGAACUUGAAGCUGCCAUAAAUAAAUUAUUCCAUGAAGCUUGGAGAAAGAACCAUGCUGCAAUAGAGCUUAUCACAAAGAACGUCCAGAAACAAUUGGCGGAGCGCAAGCUAGGACUUUGGCAAGGAUAG